AUGGCAAGCACACCAGGCGUGCUUGUCGACGACAAUGUGCUGGAGGUGCUGCGCAAAGCACAACUCGACGCGUUCGUGAACAAAUUCGUGUUCCAAUUCAACGUCCGACGAUUUGAUCACUUCUCACAUGUACGGGAUAAAGAUAUGCAGGUAUUUGGCGUACAAACAUGUUCAUCCGGAUGAGAACAAGAAAGUUUUGAAGGAAAUCGGGAUGCAACAACAGCAGAUCAGACAACUACGUGAGCAGAUUCUCAAAAUGUCGCGAGAAAUGUGGAAUCGCAGCGAUCCGAAACAAGUCUACGUGCAGUCGGAUCAAUCGACGCCUAUUCAGAGCACGAUUGACGAACGAGCACUUAUUCCCAAUGAGCAGGUACCAAACAAGGAACGCUCUAAAAUUAACGUUCAAUUGUACAUUUCUAGAUCAAAUUGUACGAACUGAUCGGUGAAGGUUCAUUUGCGGUGGUCAAACGAGGUACCUGGACACAAAGCAGCGGACAGACGACGGAUGUGGCCGUCAAAAUUCUGCGCGACAUCUCGCCGAACAUUAUGGACGAUUUGAGAGUGAGUCGUAGUGAGCAAGCGGCUGUCCAUUCACGUAAGUGCCCUUUUCAGGUGGAAGCGAGUCACUUGCUCAAGCUCCAGCACCCUUCACUCAUUCGCCUCUACGGAAUUGUUCGCCAGCCGGCAAUGAUGGUUUGUUUGCACCGCCGAUUUUAUCUCGAAUUUCCCGUUUCGAAACGUGAAUUACAGGUGUUUGAACGUUGCGAGGGAGGCUCACUUCUCGACCGGUUGAGGGAUGACAAAAAGCCGAUUCCGCUCGUCUCGAGGCUCCACGAUUAUUGUAUGCAGAUUGCGAAGGCGUUGCAGUUCUUGGAAUCGAAACAUUGUGUGCACCGAGACGUGGCCGCUAGAAAUAUCCUUCUCUCCAAGGAUGAAAAAGUAUAAACACCACGAACUGAUGAUUGAAGUACAACUUUUGAUUUUCAGAUAGUCAAAAUCUGCGACUUUGGUUUGAUGAGAGCGCUCAAAGAGAACGAGCAAAUGUACACAAUGGCUCCUCAAAAGAAGGUUCCAUUCGCCUGGUGUCCUCCAGAAGCCCUCCGCCAUCGCAAGUUCUCCCACGCCUCCGAUGUCUGGUCGUACGGCAUCACAAUCUGGGAGAUUUUCACAUUUGGAGAAGAGCCGUGGGUCGGGUGUCGUGCCAUCGACGUACUCAAGAAUAUGGACGCGGGAGAGCGGCUCGAAAAACCCAAAUACUGCUCUGAGCGCCUUUAUCAAAUAAUGCAAAAUUGUUGGAAAUCCAAUCCGGCGGAGCGAUGCAAAUUUGGUGCAAUCCGCGAGGAUUUGAAAGCGGCCAUGUUCCUUGAGGCGGUCGCCAGAGAGGCAUACAACUCGAUUCAGCCGGGAACUCUUCAGCUGAUUAAAGGAGAUGAAGUUAUCGUUGUCGAAAACACGUUAGUUUCUUUUUCCCAUCGCUUCUCUUUCUCUGAAAUUGUUUAAAUGUUUGCUUUAGGGGUCAAGACUGGUUUGGGCAGAACAAGAAGAACCAACACUUUGGCACUUUUCCGCGAACCGCCGUGUUCGCUCAGUCAAAUCACGCGGUUGCGGCAACCACUGCAGUCACUCCACAGGUGAUUUUCAUAUGUAUAGGAUUACUAUAUGCAAAUUUUUGCAUUUCAGAAAGUUCCGACGGCGCCAACGAUCAAAGUUCCGCCCCAACAAGUUAUUCAGCCGCCCCCAUUGCCAUUUGCUCCAAAGCCUCUGAACAACAAUAGCAUUACUUCUGUCCACGACCGAGGAUCGAGAAUUUCAAUGCCAGUUGCAGGUUAGGCAAUAAAUUAGAUGGAAACGUUGACUUGACUUUAAAUUUGCUUUUUCUGUCCUCUGUUACAUGCCCCAUGUUCCCAUUCAGGUUCCUUCAUUCAUACCGGCCAUGGAGAUCCCUUGGGCGGUCAAUCCUGGGGAAAUCCCUCAUCCAUUGACCAAAUGUACUUGAAGAAUCCAGUGAAAGGUGUCCCUUUGUCAAGGUUUGUCCAUCCAUCCAUUCAUCCCAACUCCCCUCUGUCACCCGAAAUCUUUUAGCAUGUCCAACGGCGCCGAAGUCAUUGCGAGUAAAGUUCAGUUGACCAACGGAGGCCGGAAUACACAUGUCCCUGGUGAGUUUUAUUUUCGUAAACAAUUUCGUCCUGGUGCCUCAUCCUCUCCGUUUUUCAAUAGUUUUUGUUAGCGCUCAGUGUCAUCGGGGCGCUCUUUUUGUGUGUGUGUGGGUAGAAGAAGACUGAAACGAGGCCGUGUUUGCUCCUCACAUUUAUCAAAAUCAAACUCAACUUCUUGUGUCUCGUCUAUCUGUUUGAUAACCUUACCCGUAUGUCAGCCGCCUCAUCCGCUUCCGCCGCCUCCAUUACUUCUGUCCGUGGUCUGUCCCUUGAUCUUCCGGAAUUCGACGAUUUUGAUCGCGCGUUUGACGACAGUUUCUCGCCCUCAAAUAUUGAGUUUCCUAGAGGUUUUGGUGAGUUACAUUUUGAAUAUCCGAGACUGACCAACUAACUCAACAAUUCUAGUCAAAACCGGAUAUAACGUUAAUGUUAUUCAGGUAACGAAAGUAUGAUCAGCCACGUCAGCAACGGAUCCACCGCCAGCACUUUCCUGUUAGAUGGCCCAAAGCCAAAUGAUCAUGUCUUCGAUGUUCGUGGAAAUGUGCUCCAUCCUACGCCCAUUGAAAAAAUUCCAUCCGCCACUUUGAAACCGAUUCUGGUUGCUCCGUCAAGCAUUGGAGUGGUCACUAUGGAACUGCCGGACAAAUUCACCAUUCCACAGCCACACAGUUCGAUUGGAAUCAACAGAACCGCCGCUGACCCAAUGCGCGUUCAGGUGAGUCAUCGUUUUGUUGGUUGUACUUGUUUGAGUACUAAUCUUCUUGUUUGCAGCCCCGCCAUAACAACUCUGCCGGUUCUCGCCUUGACAGCAUGGGGAGCACCGCCACGCCGAGACUCUCGGAUAUGAAACCAUUUGUGAUCGAUACCCGACAGAACAAUCAGAACUUCCUCCCGGAACUUCAAAAUCGCUUGGAUCUUGGAAAUGACGUUGGAAAUGCGAUGCGUCCCCGUCCGGCUUCAUCAAUUGGAAUUCAAAACAACGGAAUAACUCAAAUCGGCGGCAACAUUCAGCGGCCGUUCUCAGUCAUCAACACGCCGACAGUAAUUCCGUGCUUGGUCCCGACUCCAGCUCCAAUCUCUUCUAUAAAUCCGACUCCAAACCAGAAAGUGCUCACGAAUCAGGCGAAUCCACUGCAAAAAGCACUGACUGAUGAGUUAAAGGGCAAUCUGAGCAGAAGACCGACAAGCACGAGCGCGGCGAAUGAAAGUACGGCUCCACAGGGUCAGCGAAACGUUCUGCUGCCGCAACAAUAUCCAUUCAACCCGACUACUACGAGUCAGAAGCCGUUCCAGCCGCAACAAGUCAGACUUCCACUUCCAACCACGUCAUCACCUUCAGUGUCUCGUCCAGUGCUUUCGCAAACCCAACCAGCAGCCGCUCCUUAUGUUCCACCAGCUCACCAUGUCCCUCGCGCGACGGCUGCUCCAAUUCCAGCUCCUACAGUUGUGCCAACUGCCACGUCGGCUGCAGCUACUGCUCCACCGAAGAAAGCUCCUACUCCAGUGGUGAUUUCUCAGCAAACUGCAGCUUCAUCGGCCAGUGUAGUCACUAGAAGACCGACACCAACCAAUCCGCCAAUGUCCGAAGAGGAGAGAAAAUCGAAAAUCAUUAUGGAGAUCAACUCGGCGCUCCCCGCUCCCAGCUCUCUGCUUUUUGGCUCCAAUUCCACGUCGUCACUCCCGUCGGUUUUGCCCUCGGCACCUUCCACGUCGACUGUUCGAGACAGACCAACUGUAAAGCUACUUUUUUGUCUUUUUCUUUGAUAAACUGGGUUGUUUUCAGAUCGCGCCAUCUCAGCCACAACGGACCAUGCCACCAAAGAAGACGUCCGAGCCGAUUCUCUCGACGGAAGUUCUUCAGCCGACGCGUCUGAAUACUACACCUGCGUCAGUCGCUCAUUCAGUUGCCCAGCCUAUCCGAAAUCCAUCUCCUCCCGUUGUCAACAACAAGCAACCAGUUCUGGCCGAGAAAAAGAUCGCCGCACCGACGGCCACCACAAACGUUCCGUUGUUCAACAUCACUAAUUCGAGCAACAUGUACCCACAGCUCGGCGGCGUUCCGAAUUACGGAAAUGGGUACACCCCAUACGGAUAUGGUACGAAUUAUUACGGUGGAGGAUAUCAAGCAUACCAGGGCUACAAUCCCUAUCUCAGCGGGAUGGGACAACUCGCUCUGACCCACAGUGCCGUGACGUCAUUGCCACCAUUGGUUCCAUCUGAGAAUCGUUUCUCGGGUACUGCUCAGCCACUCGGAGAAUCUGACAUCAUUGAGUUGUUGGGACAACAGAACAGACCUCCGGCGGCUCCUUCCGGUCAGGAACAAAAUCCGGCUCGGAUUCGUUCUGCCCCAUCCGCCGCGCCCGGUGAUGUGAGCAUGGCUGAAAAGAUGGAAGUGUUAUACAAAGAGGCAAAUUUCACAAAGUAAGUGUUUCCUGGCAACAUUCAGUGCAAAAUUGCUGUUUCAGGAGUGGCAACUGUGACACAAUGGUGAUGAACUGCAACGGAGACACUGAGCUGGCUCUGAAAAUGUUGAAGCAGCAGCAUCUGGUGGAUAUGGGUGUGGCCGACAGCACGGACCGGGCUCGUCGUGCUCUUGAAUCUCAUCAGUAUGAUCUCACCGCUGCCGUCAACUUUCUCCUAGGCUGA